AUGGUGCAUUUAGCACUGAUGUGGAGCUGUAUUUUGAUAAUAUUUCUAAUAUGGAAUCCUGUGCAAUCUACGGCCACAGCACUCUCAAUACAACCGAAAAUAACUCAACACAAUAUUGAAGAUUUAAUAGCCCAACCCUCCUAUGCAUUGCAAUCCUAUGGAGAAGAGGAUCUUAUUGUAGCAGAAUCUAAGAAACACGAAAAAUCAGAAAAGGAAGAAAGUUACGAGUCCGAGUCUAGUGAGGAAAAAGAAAGUGAGCACAAAGCUGAAAAGGGAGAAAAGAGCAAGAAACAUCAAAAAAAAGAAGAGGAACAUGCCAAAGGUGAAAAAGGACAUCAUGAAAAAGAAGGCAAAAAGGGCGAAGAGGAAGAGGAGCAUGGUCAUGAAGAGAAACAUAAAAAAGGCUCUGAACAUCACAAAAAACACAAGAAAGGAGAAAAAGGCGAGAAGGGCCAUGAGUUCCAAGAUCAGGGUUCCUAUAAAAAGGGUCAUUCCAUCAAAGGUAAACAUAAUGUUCACAAAUUAGACGAAGACAAAAAGGAAAAGAAAUACUAUGAUGAAAAGCAUGCUGAGGGCGAGGAAGAGAAAGGUGGUAAAUAUGAAGAAGGCAAACAACACAAAAAAGGCGACAAGUAUAAAAAAGCGGGGAAAAAGAAAUCCGAACAUGAAGAAAAAUACGGCAAAAAAGAUCAUGGUCAUAAGGGACACAAGAAGAAGGGUCACAAAGGACAUAAAAACAAACACGAGGAAAAUAAAAAAUGGGGCAGCGAAGAUGAUAGUGGUCAUAAGAAGGGCGAGGGUGAGAAGAAGAAAUGGAAAAAAUCCGAAAAGAAAAGUAGUGGUGGAGGAGGAGGAGGUGGAGGCCAUGAACAUGGACAUGAUUGGUAA